CCCGGGCAGCACCGUGGGGCCACCUGCCAGUGUGGCCUUGCCACCGAUGCCUGGCGCAGCCUGACGCCCGUGGAGGGACAGCCAUCAGCCACGAGCCGUCCUGACUUGGCGAAGCGGGUGCUCGGCGGGACGGGGAGCAGCGGCAGGCAGCGUCUGCAGGGCGAGAUGGCACGGCGGGCACUGGCACUGGCACUCUGCCUGUCCCUGUCUGCGGUGGCAUCUGCCGACUGUGUCACCCAGUGCUCCCUCUGCGCAGCCCAGACCCGCGGUGCCGAGAGCAGCGUCCAGCCCCUGAUGUGCCUGUGGGAAUGCCAGGGCUCCUUGUCACCUGGCCCCGAGUGGGAGAUGUGCAGGAAGGCACUGGCGCUCCUGGCCCCGCUGGUGGCCCUGGCCGAGGGGACAGAGCCGUCCCCACAGGAGGCGGAGGAGGAUGAGGCGCAGCCAGAGCAGGCUCUGGGCGCUGCGGAGCUGCCGCCACCGGCCAAGCGCUAUGGGGGCUUCAUGAAGAUGAUGUCCAAGGCGAAGCUGCUGUCCCUGCUCCGCGAGAACGCUCACGCCAAGGGCAGCCUCAGCAAGAAGUCCGGGGGCUUCAGCCGCAAGCCGGGCGAGCGAGCGGCCCCCGAGGACUAUCCGGGGCCGGCAGGGGACGGGGACGGGGAUGAGGAGCCCACGGGGGCCGAGGGGCCGGAGCUGCACAAGCGCUACGGGGGCUUCCUGCGCCGCAUCCGGCCCAAGCUCAAGUGGGACAAUCAGAAGCGCUACGGGGGCUUCCUGCGCAGGCAGUUCAAGGUGACCACGCGGUCGGACGAGGAUCCCAGCGCCUACUCAGGGGAGGUCUCAGACCUAUAGAGCCAGGCGUGGCACGGCAGCACCGCGGUCCCCACACUGCCACUGCCCCCGACUGUGCCAUCACCCCCAGCCCUGUCCCCUGCCCGGCCCGGUGUGACCCUUGCCUCAUUCGCUCAGGGGGCCGUGAGUUCCAUCCCAUUGUCCCUCUCUGGUUCACCUGCCCAUCCUGUGCCGGAGGGGACAGUGCCACUCCUCUG